AUGGGCGAGAAAAAACACCACUCCUUCAAAAACAUCUUCCGCAGCUCGGCCAGCCUGGGCCCGGCCAGCCCGGAGCCGCGCCCGCACCGCCUCUUUGGCAAGCACAAGCACGCGGCGUCGAAAAACCUGCUUUCUCCACAUUCCAGCGGCUCCGCCACAGACAACUUGGUGGCGCCGCGGGCGCUGGGCGACUCGGUGGCGUCGGGCGGCAGCGACGACCCGCUGCGGCGGCGCAAGCACUUGUUCGGGCACCAUCCGUUGCGGCGGUUUUUCCACAUUGGGCGGCCCAACGACUUGGGCGACAAUGCCACGCCGGCGGCCGAGCCCGUGCUGUACGGCAGCACGUCGGAGUUGCGGCGCGAGUACGACGUGGGCGCGGAGAUCGGCGCCGGCGCCAGCGGGCUGGUCAACUUGGUGACGGCGAAACACGGGUCGGGCGAGGUGUUUGCGCUCAAGAAGUUCCGGGCCCGCCUCCCGAACGAGGCGGUCCACGACUACACCACCAAGGUCAAGAACGAGUUUGUCAUUGGCGAGCACCUCCGGCACCAGAACUUGAUCCAUACGAUGAAGAUGUUCCGCGAGGACAAGCUUGGUUCUGCGACGUAUUACAUUGUCAUGGAGUACUGCCCCUACGACUUUUUCAACUUGGUCAUGUCCGGGCUCAUGACGCGCGACGAGAUCUACUGCUACUUCAAGCAGAUGGUGCAUGGCGUGCGCCACUUGCACCUGGCUGGAAUCGCCCACCGUGACUUGAAGUUGGACAACUGCGUGGUCAACGCGGCCGGGAUCUUGAAGCUCAUCGACUUUGGCCUGGCGUUCCAGUUCCGCAAGCUCCGCGACGCCACCACGCCGCCCGACGCCGUCGCGCUCGACGACAGGCACGUUUUGGUGUACGCUCGCGGCAUCGUGGGCCUGGACCCUUACUUGUCGCCCGAGGUGCUUGAAAACUCGGCCCGCACGGGCUACGACCCGCGCCUUGCAGACGUGUGGUCCAUCGCCAUCAUCUUCUGCUGCAUGAUGCUCAAGCGGUUCCCCUGGAAGCUUCCUCGCACGGCAGACCCGUCGUUCCGGGCGUUUCUCGGCUUGAACAACCAGGACGAGCCCGUGUCGGCCGAGGAGAAGUUGGCCACCACCGUGAGCGAGCUCAGCGUCAAGGAGUUCCGCGUGCCCAAGUACGGGCCCGACCGCUUGCUUGCGCUUUUGCCCUCGGCCGCCCGUCCGCUCAUAGGCGGCAUGUUGACGGUCGACGUGCAGAAGAGGUACACGAUUCUCGACGUGGCGGCGGACCUGUUCUUCCGCUCCAUCGACUACUGCCACUACGAGGAGGGCGAGCAAGGCGAAGCCAGCGAAGGAGGAAACAGCGAAGCCAGCGAAGGCGGAGAAGGCGAGUCGCCGGCGUCGCUGCACAGCGGCGCUCCGCAUGUGCCCAGCUCGCUGAACCCCGGCCAGUCGCUUGCGAGCCCGGAAAUUGUCGUGAAUUCCGUCGAGGACUCGGGCGACGAGACCGACAAGAAUCUUUCCGACGGCACCGUCGCGUCAGACAACGAGGCAGCGAAGACGGACGACGAAAAGGAAGUGGACGAAAAGGAAGCGGCGGACAAAGAGAAAGAGACGGACACUAAAACGGCGGACACUAAAACGGCGGAAUCUAAAGCGGCGGACACUGAAACGGUGGACACUAAAGCGGCAAAGGAAGCGGAGGACACUACAACGGACGACGCCCAGAACACCUCGAAUGCCAGCGCCAGCUCUCGCUCCGAGCCCAGACUUAUCCAGGCCAACCACAAACACCACUUGGUGACGGCCAAGGAGCUCGAAAAGCUCCAGGAAGAACGAGAAAAGGGCCGCAAGAUCAAGGAACACAUGGCCUGA